AUGCUCGAAGAGAAAAUGCAGCGCUGUACCAGUCAAGAGAGCUGCACUUACGGCGAUGCAGCGGCUAACAACAACAGCAGUGACAUCAAGAGUGAUGCUGAUGAUGGAAGCAACAGCGAGGUGGGUGCCGCUGUUGUCACGUGUGUUGAUUCACACCCACAAAAAACGCCGCUGUUUGUGUCCCAGCAUCAACAACAGCAACAAAGGCAACAGAGUGGUCUCACAACUGAUCCAGAGACGACGAGUCAGUCCAAUGCGGCUGCACAAGAGGAGCACAACGUUGCUGAUGCCGAGCCGGCGAUAGUGACGGUCUUGGUGCCGACAAUGUUCACCACCGCCGCGGGCCGUGGCAUCUGUGUGCGCGAGCGACGCCGCAUUGAGCGCGGGUCGCCGUACUGGCGCCUGCUAUUCGAAUGCCCACUGCUCGAGGGAUCUGCAGCUGCCUGCCGUGACGCUCAAUGCGAAGAAAAAAAAGAGACGGAGGUGACGGACGCCGCCAUGGUGGCAGAGCAGCAGUGCUGCAGCACGUUGCCCGCGUGGCGACGGCGGCCACGGGAGGCAAACACAACGCCGCUGUUGCUUCUGCCCCACUCCCCGCCACUCGUAUCGCCGUGCCACGAGUCACGCUGCCGCUCGUGGCCGCAAGAGGAGUGCGGCAGCACCGACUUCACCUUCCGCUACUCCACCUUCACCAGGGCGGACGGCAACAUGAUCUACCUCGCACCUAAGCACGGCGGUGUAUAA